AUGUCGGAGUCCCUUGCUGGCAAGAUCGUCUUCAUUACAGGAGCUGCUUCAGGUAUAGGAAAAGCCACUGCUCUGAAGCUGGCCAAGCUUGGAGCGAACCUCAUCCUUACCGACGUUGUCGAGAUCGAGUACGAGGUAGCUUUCCCUGAAUCAGUCCAGCAGUCUGAUCUGUCACCAAUCAUCACUGCAGAACUCGACGUCUCAAACGAGGCACAAUGUCAACUAGUCGUGAAGGAAGUUGUCCAGUAUUAUGGUCGUAUAGACCAUGUGUUCAACUGUGCAGGCAUCAAUCCCACUGCUUAUUCGAUACUAGAACUGCCAGAUGGCUACUUUGACAAGUUAUGGUCUGUCAAUGUAAAGGGAACGUACAACGUUACAAAAGCCGCUUUACCACAUAUGAAGGAACAUGCUGGUUGCUCUUUCGUCAAUGUCAGCUCAAUCAUGGGUCAACGACCAGCAGCACGAGUUGCUGCCUACUGUGCCACUAAAUAUGCGGUAAUGGGAUUCUCCAAAUCGAUGGCACUCGAGCUCGGUCCAAAAGGCAUCAGAGUCAACAUUGUUGCUCCAGGUUUUAUCGACACACCUACUAACAACAGCGUUGUUGCUGGUCCUGACGCUGUCAAAGAGAGUGAGGCCUCCGUCAGCUUAGGUAGAAUGGGAACCGCAGAAGAGGUUGCUGACAUCGUUGCGUUUCUGAUGAGCAAAGAGGCGAGGUAUAUGAAUGGUAGCGAGGUGUCCAUCAAUGGUGGUUUGAAGUAUUGA